AUGGAUGAAGGAAUCUCCCGCUUGCCGGAGAGGCAGCUACUGGAGCAUAGGGAUUUUAUAGGGCUGGACUACCCUGCCCUGUAUAUGUGCAAACCCAAAAGAGGCGUGAAGAGGGACGAGAGCAAGGAAACGUACAAACUGCCACAUAGACUGAUAGAAAAGAAGAGGAGAGACAGGAUAAACGAAUGCAUUGCCCAGCUGAAGGAUUUACUGCCUGAGCAUCUGAAACUGACGACGCUGGGACACCUGGAGAAAGCGGUGGUGCUGGAACUGACUUUGAAGCACUUGAAAGCGCUAACAGCCUUAACAGAGCAGCAGCACCAGAAGAUCAUUGCUCUGCAGAAUGGGGAGCGCUCCAUGAAGUCUCCGGUGCAGGCCGACCUGGACGCCUUCCACUCGGGCUUUCAGACGUGCGCGAAGGAAGUGCUGCAGUACCUCUCCCGCUUCGAGAGCUGGACCCCCCGCGAGCAGCGAUGCGCGCAGCUCCUCGGCCACCUGCACUCCAUCUCCUCGCAGUUCCUUCCCGGCCCUCAGCUCCUCUCCCCGCCGCCGGGCCCCCUCAGCAAGGGAUCCUCCUCCUCUUCCUCCCCGCCCGCUCCCCCCUGCGCGCCCGGCCACAAGCCGGAGGGCCAGGCUAACUGCGUGCCCGUCAUCCAGCGGACUCACGCCGCCGAGCUCAGCGCCGAGACCGACACGGACACGGACAGCGGCUACGGCGGGGAGGGCGAGGCGCGCCCCGAGCGCGGCCCCGCGGCGGCGGCCGGCGGAGCGCUGCCCGCCCUGGCCAUCAAGCAGGAGCCGUCGGGGGACGAGGUGCCCCCCGCGCCCAAGCGGCUGAAGCUGGACCGCGGCGGGAGCCCCAUGCCCGGCCCGCCGGGACUGGCGGCGCGGGGCGCCGAGGCGGCGGCGGCAGCGGCGGCGGCGGCCGCGCUGGUCAGACCCGACGCCGCCCUGCUGGGCUCGCUGAUGGCCCUGGGGGCGGGCGGCGGCGGGGCCCCCUUCGGACAGCCGCCGGCGGCCCCUUUCUGCCUGCCCUUCUACUUCAUCUCGCCUUCGGCCGCCGCUGCCUACGUGCAGCCCUUCCUGGAUAAAAGCAGCCUGGAGAAGUAUCUCUACCCCGCCGCCCCCAUCCCGCUCCUCUACCCGGGCAUCCCGGCCCAGGCGGCCGCCGCAGCGGCCGCCGCCGCCGCCUCCUUCCCCUGCCUCUCCUCCGUGCUCGGCCCCGCCGAGAAGGCGGCGGCGGCCGCCGCCGGGCUGCCCCCGACGCCCCACCUCCCGCACCCCUUCGCUGCCGCCGCCGAGCCCGGCGAGGAGCCCGAGCCCGCAGCUGCCGAGGAGCCCGGCGCCGAGGGCCCGUGA